AAGGCACUCCGUGGAAAUAACAGUAGCCUACCUCACGCUGUUUGUCACUUUAAAAGCGCGGUGUUGCGCCAUUCACGAAGACUGUUGACAACUUCCUGAGCGAUGCGGCGAGUAGCCGUGUGCUGGUGCAAACCAUACUGAAGAACUCAUCACCACGGUAACCAGCCUCCACUAGCCUGCCUUCUCGCUCGUGCAAAGCAUCAGGAGGCGCAUCCCUGUUGCCAUUAUCACCCGCGAAUACAAUCAUGGUGAAGCUGGGGACCAAUCUGGCAGGGAAGCCUGAGAGAGACCAGUUGCUGGAGGAUGGCUUUGACAACAUCCCACUUCUAACACCACUGGAUGUGAGUCAGCUCCAGCCACCUUUUCCCGACAAGGUCAUAGUGAAGACCACAACAGAGUACCAGCUCCAGCAGAAGAAGAAGAAAAAGUUAUACGUUCCUGGCAUCAAGAAACUGAACAUCAACCUCUAUGACGAGGUGUCAGAGAAGGUCAAGUUAACAGGCCUAAUCCUCAUCACUAUGGCGUUCCUGGCCUGCCUCCUUCUCUUGGUCAUGUAUAAAGCCCUGUGGUAUGACCAGCUCAGCUGCCCUGAAGGCUUUGUUUUCAAGCACAAGCACUGCACCCCGGCUGCCCUGGAGAUGUACUUCUCCCAGCAGGAGCCAGCCCCCCGCGGCAGCCUCUACACGGCUGUCAGCCACCUCAACCAGGCCAAGAGGACCAUCCCGGAGCUGCUGCCAUCAUCAUGGUUACCUGUAAUCAAUGCGCUGAAGGAUGCAGAGAAGGCCACAGAGGAGUCUGGACGGUCCCGUCAGUAGAGCGUCGCACGAGCGAGGCUACCCGGACAUCCACUAUUGUUUAAGAAAUGUGUCUUUUUUUUUGGGUUGGUGGGGGGGUGGAGAUAUAUGUCAAACCACUGGGGUGUCACACUCUUGAGGCAAAGCAAACAAACAAAUGAAACAAGAUCUUAGUUGUUUAGGAAUGUACCUAUUUCAGAGGCUGUUUUUCCCCAGACAAGGAUGAUUGUGUGUGUAUGUGUGUGUGUGUGUGUGUGUGCGCGCGCCAUGUGUACAUGUGUGUAUUUG